AUGGCGUCAGCCAGCGACGAGGGCGCGGCCCUCGUUGGUCGGGUGGCCUCCGGCGCGCGAGAGCCGCGCGGGCAGGUCAUUCUGGCGGGUGAGGGCGGCGCGAGCGACGAGGACAACGGGAUGGUGCCCGGGAGUCGCUGGGGAGACGAGGAGGAAGAGGUGGAGCCUGCUGGCGAUGACAGCGAGGAGGAGGCCACGCCCGCUGAGGAGAAAGAACAGGAGCAACGUGGUUCUCCCACAAAUGGAAGCAUUCCAAGAGCAAGGCUCACAGAGCAGCUGGAUAGCCUGCUCAAUCGCGCUGGGCUGUACUCACAAUUCUUGUUCGACCAAAUCGAGCAACUGGAGGACGCAGUGCAGCGUACAACACUGUCAUCGCAGGGUGCAGAUGACGAUCAGGAUGAGACAGGGGGCACAGGAGACGCCCCAUCGAGCUCGCAGAAGGGGAAGAGGAAGAGGAGUGGAAGCCAGAAAGGAGGCAAGGAGACAAAGAAAGCCAAAACUUCUGGGUCUUCCAAGCGUGUGUUGUUGCCACUUUUUGAGGGCAAACUGAGGGAGUACCAGCUCAAGGGGGUCAUGUGGCUCAUUUCAUUGUACCAAAAUGGUGUCAAUGGGGUGUUGGCUGACGAGAUGGGCCUGGGCAAGACGAUCCAAACGAUAGCUUUCCUCUCCCAUUUGCGCUCCAAUGGAGUGAUGGGGCCCUUUUUGAUCGUUGCCCCGCUCUCCACUCUUGCCAACUGGGUUUCUGAGUUCGAGCGCUUCACCCCAUCCAUCCCAGUCAUCCUGUACCAUGGAUCCAAGCAAGAGCGGGAGAGGCUGCGGAAGCUGAAGAUCCCAGCAGGGGUACAAGCGUCGUCGGAAUUUCCUGUGAUUGUCACUUCCUAUGAGAUAGUUAUCCGGGAUGCCCCCCACUUCCAUCACCACAGGUUCAAGUAUGUCGUGGUUGAUGAGGGUCACCGGCUGAAGAACUUCAAUUGCCUGCUGGUGCGGCAGCUGAAGAUGGUUAACACAGACAGCCGGCUUCUGCUCACAGGAACUCCGCUGCAGAACAACUUGUCCGAGCUGUGGAGCCUGUUGAAUUUCCUCAUGCCAGAGAUGUUCCCUGAUCUGGACACCUUCAAAAACUUAUUCGAUUUUCAGAAUGUGGGCCAGAAAGACGGCUGCGAGGCCAUUGUUGAGGCUGAGAAGGAAGAAAGUAUUGUGAGCAAGCUGCAUAGCAUCCUGAUGCCCUUUCUGCUGCGGCGAAUGAAGUCAGACGUGGAGCUUGCACUGCCGCAGAAGACAGAGAUACUGCUGUAUGCCCACAUGACGAGUUACCAGAAGGACCUCAACAAGCGGCUUCUGGAUGACUCGAUGAGCCUCCAGGCCGUGACCAGGAACGGCUCAGAGAAGGAGGUGCACCUCGCGCGCCUGAACAACGUCCUGAUGCAGAUGCGCAAGGUCUGCAACCACCCAGACCUCAUCCUUGGCACGCUCGACGGUUCAAUAAAGUUUCCCAGCGCAGACGAGCUGGUUAAGCAGUGUGGCAAGCUGGCACUCAUGGAUCGAAUUCUGAACAAGUUGCACAGCAAGGGCCACAAGGUCCUCAUCUUCUCUCAGAUGACGAAGAUGCUGGACCUAUUGGACAGCUUCUUCGACGAGCGGGGCCACGACGCCCUGCGCAUCGACGGCUCCGUGCCCUGGCAGGAGCGCCAGGAGAGGAUCAACGCCUUCAACACAGAUCCCGAGAAGUGGCUGUUUCUGCUGAGCACGCGGGCGGGCGGCCUGGGGGUGAACUUGACAGCCGCGGACACCGUCAUCAUCUACGACAGCGACUGGAACCCGCAGCAGGACCUGCAGGCCAUGGACCGGUGCCACCGCAUUGGGCAAUCGAAGCCGGUGCUGGUGCUGCGCCUGGCGACCAGCCAUUCGGUGGAGGGGAAGAUGCUGAAGCGAGCGGCGGAUAAGAUGGCGCUGACGCGGCUCAUCAUCAAGAAGGGCGCUUUCAGGGGAGACAAGGAGAGCAAGAGCGGCUGCUCCUCCCUCGCCACGGACGAGCUCGUGCAGCUGCUCAAGGCAGACAUCUCCUUGGACGACGUGCCCCAGAGCGGCGAGGUGUCCGACGGCGUGCUGGAGGAGCUGCUUGACAGGGCGCGGAUCGGGGGGCGGCGCCGGGUGCCGGCGACUGGCGUCGGCUACGAGAUCGUCCAGGGCCAGGGCUCCACCAACAUGCUGUCCAUAGGCGCCGUUGACGGGAAUGUGCAGCUAGGAACGGCGGAAAAGGGCCCGUAG